CCUCCAAUUGUUCUCAGUAUUUCCCACUGCUGCUGGAGAGAGAGGAGUUCAGCCUGACAGAUCUGAGAGGGAAGCUUUUUAUGCAAUAAAGUUUUGCGGGAUAUGUCUGAAUAAUUUCAUAGGAGGUGGUCAAAGGUGGUUUUAUGUACAUUUAUUAAGUGAGAUGGGGAAAGAGAACAACACAGUGAUAGUAAAACUAGAACCAGGUUUCCCACUAAAUAUAGAAGCAAAGAAGCAAUUUCCCAGGAUGAGCACAGUGAAGUCAAAGAAGAGGAUUAAGACGAUCACAACGGACAGCAGGUCCACCACAGAUAAGGACGGGACUACAUGUGAGAUAUCAGGGAACAUAAUGAGGCUUUGUGUCAACUUAAUGCCGGUUUUAACCUUGGCUAAGGAGACCGAGCAGGAGGAGGAAGAUGAGAAAGAAGAAAGCAACAUCUCCAUGAGUCGACAGGAAACAGAAACCAGCAGCAGAGACCCAUCUGUCAGCAAACUAGUGGAACGGAAACAAAACGCAAUUGAUCUCCAGUCAGGAUUAACCUCAGAGAGAACAACCAAAGCAAGUCUGUCACUGACUUCUCCAUUUCUGCCGCCGCCUAUAAGCGAACCAAAACCUGUGCAUCAACAAGCAACAACCAGCUCUGCAAAGCUUGGAGCAGAAGGCUUUGGAGGCAGUGGAGCAGUUACAGUGCAUGCGUCAGACAUCAGGCCCUGGAUAGACAAUGCCCUGUUCUCCAAGAGUAGAUCAGCUGAGGUUCAGCUUCCUGACAUCACCUUGUCCAGCCUGAAUGCACUGCUGCAAACUGUCACAUACAGACUGAGGAAGAAGAGGAGAGGGGCCGAGGAAGGACCACGGAGACAAGACCGGUCUGAUCAGCUCCUCGUGGCCUUUACAGACCAGAGCAGUGUCGGGCAGCAGGAUGGGAAGCGGGGCAGCGUCCGAGCUGGAAAAGACAGAUCACCUGGUGCCUGCAGGGUAAACAGACAGAUGAGCCUCCCUCCACUUCAUCCUGCACCCAAAGCGCCGCUCAUCUUCCUCAGGAUGGUGCAGCCAAACCACCUGACUGCUCAGACACCGCAGUGACUCAACAACCACACAUAACUUACAGUGUUUGAAAAUUGUGCUGCAGGUCAAAUAUUUUUAAUUUUUUCAGAACAGAGAUUCUUUUAAGCUACAAUACUUCGAGGAAAUAACGUACAUCUUAGAGCUGAUAUUCAAGUAGAACAGUAUAUUCAUUCCAAAAUGAGACAUCCAGCUUACAGUUUCAGUUCUGCAGUAUUUCAGGGCAUUUUAGUAUAAUUGUUGAUCUUUUAUUAAACAUUUUCUGCCUUUUUUCCAGAGAUAGACAGGAAAUAUAAGAGAGGGAGCUGGGAAAUUACAGCAUGCAGCUGUGGAAGGAUUUAAGGUUACACUACAUGGACAAAAGUAUUGGGAGUAAGUCUGUACUGUUGAAUUAAAGCAGCUAGCCAUGCCGUCUGUCUUUACAAAGAUUUCCGAAAGAACGUGCUGUUGGAGAGAGCUCACUGAAAUUGAGCUUGGUGCAGUAACAGGACGCCACAGCCGCAGUUUGUGACAUUUCUUCUAUCAUAGAUAUCCCACAAUCAGCUGUAAGUGGAGGAAGUGUUUGAGAAUGACAGAAGGUCAAACUCCAAACAUGGCUUUGGUUUCCAUGGCUGCUCCACUACUUUUAUCCAUGUAGUGCACGUGUCCUAACCACUCACCCGUCCAGCUGCCCCACAUUGUUAAAAACAGGUUGCGUUUUGGAAUGAAAUCCUUCUGAUAUGUCACGUUUGUCUCAUGCAUAUAUAUAUAUAUAUAUAUAUAUAUAUAUAGAUAUACA